AUGGGCAUCUCUGCACAAAUGGUGGACGUAUACAGGCACUCCGGUGUUGCUUCUGCACAAACUGUCAACCCGGCGCUCUGCUGCGCCUAUGCGGAAGAACUGGGUAGCCGCAGAGUCCUCUACGACUUAAGGGGUCGCACCUCCCUCUCCAGCCACAGUAACGUUCAAGCCUUAACGACAUUUGAAAACUCGUAG